CACCAUACUCCCUCAUUGAUAUCUCUUGUUUCUACUUCCCCGGAUUCCACGGAGAGCUAUUACAGUCAAUAAAUUCUCAUCGAGAUUUAAAUCGAAACUUCACAUUCACAGCCGUCAUGGACCCCCAGCAGCAAGUCGACAUCUCCAAGCUCAGCGAUGCGGACAAGAAGGAACUGAACCAGUUUCUGACGAGCGCAGCUCAGAAAUCCCAAAUCCAGCAGACCGUCCACCACCUGUCUGAUGUGUGUUGGAAGAAGUGCGUCAGCGGAAAGAUCUCGUCGGGCCGUCUGGAUUCGUCGGAGGAGACUUGCGCGACGAACUGUGUUGAGCGGUGGAUGGAUACGAACCUCUCUGUCUUGAAACAUCUGGAGCAGCUCCGUGGGAACUGAGUUGGAUUGUUUAUCUUGGGGGUUGUGUGGACUGUAUUGGUUUCAGAAGAUUACCUGGGAUGGCUCUGUAGAGCGCACCGGGCGGGUCAGAUUGUAUGAAUAGCAAUUAUAAAGUUUUCUGUUGGAUG